AUGCAGCUGUGGGGCGCCGAGGUGGACGCGCUGCAGCCGGGCGACAUCGUGCGCCUCACCAGCGGCAUCUUCUCGUUCCACAAGUCGAACCUGGUGCUGCGCGCGGGCAAGAAGGGCGCACUGGAGAAGAUCGGCGAGUUCACAAUGGUGUUCGUGGAGGCGCCCAACAUGAGUCGCCUGCAGUGGGCGCCUGACCCCGCCAACCCCAAGCACUGGGUGCCGAGGGGGGGCAUGCCUGCAGGCGCCAUGGCACCGCACGCCAGAUAG